UUACUAUUUUGCAAAUCAUACUAAGUGGAUUGGGUGGAGGGUCUUGUUUGCAAAAACAGCCCCAAGUGCUAUGCAGAGAUCUCUAAGUGAUGCAUCUCCCCAUGUCCAAGCACCAGUCCCUGUCAUGGGGGGGGGGCGAUCAAUAAUACGUCCUGCCUGCCUGGUGGAUACAGAAAUACCUCUUCUCAUCAUUAAGUGUCCAAGAUAGUUCCAGUAUGUAAAUAAACAGUGCAGCCAAGUGGAAAAGCUCCUUCUCUAUGAGAACCACCAACCCUGAGUUUUCCUUCUGUGGUUUCCCAAAAAGGACUUUCCUCGGUGGAACUCCUGAGGACGACACUUAAAUUAGGGGAUAGGUUUCUACAUCACGAUCUUGUAAAAGGGGGUGAAUCGGUGCUCUCCAGGGAUUCAGAGCAGCUGAGGCUGCCGUCCAGGUUAGGUUUGGGGGUUUUGUUGUUUUUUUUUUAAAAUAGAGAAUUGAAGUGAGCUUCACCUAAAUACAGACUGGUUUUGACAACUAGGGCUGGAAACAACUUGUCAAAAGCUGUUCUCCAGGCGACGCCUUUAAGAAGAAUGGAGAUUGGCAGUGGCUCGCUGAGGCUUUGUUCACACCAGCCACACCAGCAGCUGCCACCGCUGCCCAUCCAGAGGCUGCAUUUUGAACUUUGCUCUGAUCUGACCCUGGACUGGCACCCUGACGGUCUAUCAUAGUCCGAUAUUUUGCAUUCUUCAUGCCUCCAGGGGACAGCUUUUCUCAAGAAAUCAAAUCGCAGUUGAGAGUCCCAGCUAUAGCAGAUUUCCAAGCCUUGGCAGAAUUCUCGUUUAUUUAAGAUUAGACAACCAAAUGCUCAUAGGAAAUUACUCCAAACCACCCAGUGCAUUUUGUCCGUUCUGCUUCCUUUGGGAGAACAUUUGGAGGAAGGCGACAUGGCUGCCAGGAACCCCUGUUCAGAAUCGUAGCAUUUUACCCUCCAGACCUCUGUGUCUCACCCCUGCUUUUAGAGGAUGAAACUUAGGAACAAAGUCAUUUCCCCAUGAGCAUGAGGCCAGUUAAUGGUAAACAGAAAUUCAACAAAUAACGCACAAGGGCCUCACAGAGACAGACCUGUGGACCUUGCGUCAAAGGACUCAAAAAUGAAUUGAGAAAGAUGAAAGGGUAACUUGGAGCAAGUGGGGGUCAAAGGCUAUCAGAGAAACGUAGAUUUUUAGGGCAGGAAGAGAUCUGAGAUCACCUCCGUCUAGUUCAACUCCCUUGUUCACCUCUUGACAGUGAAAAUCAAGCAGCAAGGUGAUUCUCCCAAGGCCGUGGGGUUGCUCCUCGCUCGGCUCUAUCCCCCCCACAGUAAACGAAUAUCCCAUCCCAUCCCGUCAGGGAAAUUCACAUGCCCGUAAAACCAAAACAUUAUUUCCAUGUUCUGGAAUUCUUAGAGCCUUUGAAGCCACAGGCCUUUCUCUCUUUCGUUUGUAGAGGCCAACCCGUUUGUUAAGCCAGUCGUCCUUCUGAGGGGAUGGUAGGAAGGAAAGAGUCCAGGGGAAGGACUGAUUAUGCAAGCAGGGACUUCCUCACUUGAUGACUGGGCUUCAGGAGGCUAGAGCCGUGCAUUGCUUCAGGAGUGCCCCAAGACGCAUGCUUUGUUUAGUGAACUUUUAUUGAGCACGUACUGUGUGCCUGGCACAUGGCCAGGCACUGGGUCUGGAAAGAGCUGCCGACUGCCCUGUGUGCAAGGCGUCCUCAACCGUAUGUUACAGAAACCAGGUUAUUCUAUUAUCAUUCUGUACUGUGAUCUUCAAAGCUCAAUAUACCAGGGCAUAGGCUGCUUUAGGAUGAUGAAGGCGUAAACUUGGGAGUAUCAGUGGGUUCUGGGGUGUCAUCUUUCUUUUAUGAUGAUCCCAGGAAAACAAUAAAAAAGCUGUCCUCCCCAAACCUAAGAAUGCAGGUGAGAGUUAUAUUUGGAUCUAGCUUCAGGGGAGUAGCCCAGAUGUAAAGUUUAAAGAAACAAAGGAGUUGAACACCCAGAAGGAGCUCAGAGAGUGAACGGAAGGAAAGCAGUCAGACAGCUGCCACCUUCGAGCCGGCUGUCCUAGAUCAGCUCCAGCCAGCGUCCGGCUCCGUUACACCCGCGUCUGUAAGAACCGUCUGGCACCUGCACUUUCCUCCCAGCUCCCAGGUCUCCUUGGGCCACUAGGUUUCACCUGAGCAAUCAGGUGGUUGAGAACUCAGUGCUGAAUAACAGAAGUGUCAGCUGCCAAAGCUGGGGGAGCUUUAAGGGUUCCCAAAGCCAGCCUCUUCAUUUGACGAGUGAGGCACUCUGGCCCAGAGAGGUGCAGUGACUUUCUCCAGGUCACACAGUGACGCGGUGAAAGAGUCCUCACAACCUCUAUAGGAAACGCCCCCUCCCUGGCCUUCAGAAUGCUGUUCUGCAUCCUGAUACAGCGGGGCCCCGGGGAGACAGGAGAUCAGAUGCUGGACCAUUUCGGUCCAGUCCCUUCCCCUCUCUGGGGGUCGGCUUCCCCAUUUUGCAAAAUGAGUGGGAUUUUACAAAGAGGAGAUGGACCCAGAUGGGCUCCAAAUCCCAUUUUGGUUGUAACAUUCUGUAAUUCUAACUCCACCCACCCCGGGGCCUCCAGCCCCACCCAUCUUGCACAUUUAAACCACCGACGGCAACAGGCAAAGAAAGAGAGAGAUGGGCACCCAUCACCAGAACUGAAGCGCUGGCCUCGCCCAGAGCCUUCCCAUAAUUAAGAAUGACCCAAAAGAAAUCACAGCUUUGUUCCAGAGCCAAUGUUUAUACUCAAGUGCCUGAUGGAGGAUGGGGCUGGGUGGUAGCUGUUUCUUUUUUCUUCGUUGAAGUCUUCACCUAUGGCAUCAUCAAGUCAUUUGGUGUCUUCUUCAAUGACUUAAUGGACAGUUUUGAUGAAUCCAAUAGCAGGAUCUCAUGGAUAAUAUCCAUUUGUGUGUUUGUCUUAACAUUUACAGCUCCUGUGUCCACCGUCCUGAGCAUUGGGUUUGGACACCGUCUGGUGGUGAUGGUCGGGGGGCUGCUGGUCAGCGUGGGCAUGGUGAUCGCCUCCUUCUCACAGAAGGUCUACCACAUGUACAUUGCCAUCGGCAUCAUCUCUGGUCUGGGAUACUGCUUUAGCUUUCUCCCAACUGUCACCAUUCUGUCACAGUACUUUGACAGAAGACGCUCUGUGGUCACGGCUGUUGCUUCUACAGGAGAAUGUUUCGCUAUGUUUGCUUUUGCACCAGCCAUCACGGCCCUGAAGGAGACCAUCGGCUGGAGGUACAGCCUCCUCUUCGUGGGUCUCCUGCAGCUCAACCUCGUGGUCUGCGGGGCGCUGCUCAGACCUAUCAUCAUCAAAGGACCCGGGACCCCCAAAACCACCGCCCACGAAAAUCGGAAAGAAGUGCAAUACAUGCUUGAGAAUGAGAAAACCCGCACCUCGAUAGAUUCCAUUGACUCAGGAGUAGAACUAACUACCUCACCUAAAAACGUGCCUGGUCACACGACCGUAGAGCUCGAGCCCAAGGCCGACCUGCAGCAGAUCCUGGGCCAGCCCGGCUCCAAGCCCGGCUGCCAGAAGGCCCCGCUGCUGGACUUCUCCGUUUUGAAAGAGAAGAGUUUUAUCUGCUACGCGUUUUUUGGUCUCUUCGUCACCCUGGGGUUCUUCGCCCCGUCCUUGUACAUCAUUCCCUUGGGCCUCAGUCUGGGCCUGGACCGGGACCGCGCUGCUUUCUUGUUAUCAGCGAUGGCGAUCGCAGAAGUGUUCGGGAGGAUCGGGGCUGGGCUGGUCCUGAACAGAGAGCCCAUCCGCAAGAUCUACAUCGAGCUCAUCUGUGUCGUCUUACUGACCGUGUCCCUGUUUGCCUUUACUUUUGCCACUGAAUUCUGGGGUCUCAUGUCCUGUAGUGUAUUUUCCGGGAUUAUGGUUGGGACGGUGGCGGGGACCCACAUCCCGCUGCUCGCUGAGGACGACGUCGUGGGAAUCGAGAAGAUGUCUUCCGCGGCUGGCGUCUACGUCUUCUUCCAGAGCAUCGCGGGACUGGCUGGACCGCCACUUGCAGGGCUUCUGGUGGACCAGAGCAAGAUCUACAGCAGAGCCUUCUACUCCUGCGCGGCUGGGAUGCUUGUGGCCGCUGUGUGCCUCGCCCUCGUGAGACCCUGUAAAAGGGGGCUGUGCCGCCGUCCCCGAGCCGGGGAAGGGAAGGCCGAGAGUCACCGUGGGAAAGCUUUACAAGACAUCCCAGAAGACUUUCUUGAAAUGGACCUGGGGAAGACUGAGCACAGAGCUCCUAUGAAAACGGAGCCCGUGUGAUACGCCUGUCAUUCACACCAGCCUCCCUGGGGGCUGGAGAGGGUGGGGGACAGGGGACCCAGGGCAGCAGAGAUGUGGACCACCCACCCGCUUUCCAGACUACACUCUAAAGGGAAUGUAUGCGUGAACACCACUACCAACAUCCUUCUUUUUUUUCUUGUAAGUUUUCCUUUUCGCUUGUUUUUUAAGCCAAAACAAAAACCACCGAACACCCUUUCUGUACAUCAACCUGGCUGUAUUCAGUAGCAAUACGAAGAUGCACAGGACUCUCGGGGUCGCAUUCCGGUUUUAAGAGUGACAUGAAUUGGCAAAGUGGUUUUAAGAGCUCUCACAUGUGAUAAACUACUAUCUUGGAAAAGGACAUCUGGCCGAGGCCACUGCAAUGAAAUUGGCCAUUACAAAAAAAAAAAAAAAAGCUUACAUCAUUUAAAACAUUUCUAAUUUUCAGAAAUAUGAACAAAUUGUUUAAAACCCUUUGAAAAAUACUGAGGUUUCCAUUAACAAAUUAGGGCCUCUGAAUUUUCCACAUAGUUCAUGGAAAUGAAGUACAGUUUGAGACCAAACAUUUGGCUAGUAAACGGAAAUUUUAAAAAUAUAUGUAACUUGAACUUCAUAAAUGUGAAGAUGACCACUUUUUUAUGGCCAGUCACUACCAGAAGCAUUUCGAUACAGAACACACAGCACAGCAUUCAAAAAUGUGUUUCCUAUUGCUUUUAAUUAUUCAGAAAUAUGUGAUUGUAGUGUCUUUAAUUUAAACCGCUAUUUAUUAUUAAGUUAUUCUAGAAUGAAUAAAGUAAUCAAAAGAAAGAAAAUCUGAGACAUAAGCAGAAUUUCUACCCCCUUUCUGCAAUCCUUUACAUGCCUCAAAGAAUACUUCUUAACUUGUAAAGUGACUCUCGUAAAAGGCCAAGUUUAAGGAUUCUUCAGUUUGAUUAACGACAACGUGCGUCAUUUCAAGGGGGGGGGAUGAUGAUGAGUAGCAAAUCGCCUUAGCUUUUUUAAAUGAUUUGUUUUAUCACCUAAGAAUACUUGAGGAUCUUCUUUGAUCAGAAUUAUAUUUCAUUGAAUUGUUGAAGCAUUUCUGAUUUUUUUUUUUAAUCUCACCGUUGAAGCAUUUCUGUAUUUCACGUGGGAUAGCAGAGACAUUUAUUUUACCAUCAUGAGUUAUAUCAUAUAAACCCUGAUUGCUCUACGUUACCAGAGUUAUCGGGUUAACUGGUCACUGGGUUUUUUUUGGAGUUACAUUACAUGUAUAGUAUUUCUCAUGUGCACAUUUUUCUGUAAAAGGGCAAGUAUGAGGGUAACAGGUUGGCUGCGUACUCAUAAUGUCCUGAAUCUCACUCUACAGGUGAUGGUCAGUACCGCUGCUCCAUCUUUAUUCAUUUACUGUUAAUUUAUGACAACUCAGGGGGAAAAAAAAUAUAACAAGCCUAGUUUGGUUACAGGUACACACAAGCUUGAAUAUUUCUCUGCACUGAAAUGAAAGUGGCAUAGUUCAUCACCACCUGCUACGUUUCUGUACAGUGUUUGAUCAGCCAUAGAAAUAGGACAAUCUGUAAAACUUUGGGGAGGGGCUGGGGAGGAAAUGACAACGUGUCUGUCAAAAACAGACACACCUAGAACAAGCUGGAUGUAGCAAAUCUCUGUCACUACCAGAGAAGGACUUGGAGCUUGUGGCACUUUUGCAGACUUCAUGACUUCAGCACUUUACAGCCUUUUUUACUAUGAAUGUUCAAUACAACUUAAUAUUUAUAUCUGGUUUCAGAGCGAUCUGCUUAAGACGUCCAUUCUGUUAAUUGCAUGGAAAAUAAAAUGUAUGCCAGUUUCAGUAUGUCAGUAAUCAAGGUUUUAAAUAUUUGGCAGAAAAUGAAAACAGGAUUGCUGAUUUGUUCUGUAUUCUGUGACAUUCUGGUACUUCUAGAUUUGCAAUAAAUGUAUGGCUUUUUUAUUUAAA